AUGUUGAUCCGAGCACCAAUCAAGCUGAUCCUGCUCGUUGUGCCGUUCCUGGUGUUUGGGCUGUUCGUCAACAACAGAUACAGCAGCAGCAGCAGCAGUAGCAGCAGCUUGCGGAAGGCCGCGGCGUCUCGGCUCAAUGGCUUCUCGAAGAGCGAGAAGGUCGCGGGGGUGACGCGAGAGGCACAGCAAGAAUUUUUGGCGGGAAGCAAGGACAUCGGGCACCUCCCGGUACCGCCGCCGGUACUGAUCGACGUCGACGACGAUGGACGGGCGGUGGUGGACUACUCACAGUAUAACGAGGUUUUCAGCGUGUCGACUGCCAACGGCGACGCAAUCCGGGUUCACUUUGGCGGCGUCCACGCCUACAACCCGAGCAUCAUCCCUCACCCGACCAAGCACGACCUCUGGAUCGUGAUCGCCCAGCAGGCGAUGGCGGAAAAGGGCGAACCCAUCAUCGAGCUGGCGUGCAACGCCGGAUUCCUGGGCGACGUGCUGACAUGCGCCGAGUCCCCCGUCCCCGUCCCCCUUAAGCGGCGCCGGGGUCCGCGGUGCAAGACGCCGCACGACUUCAACGCGGGCCUGCGGGCGGUUGACGCGCGCGUCGUCCACGGGCCCUCGGCGCCGUACAUCCUCUGGGGAUCACCUUCGAGCAAGACGUGCUUCGGCGUCUGGAUCCAGGACCUGCGUAUGCUCCUCGAGGACUAUACCAUCGAGUCGGCCAUCGCCAGCCUGUUCCGCGAGCCGACCGAGCUUUCGCGCCCGGCUUCGCAGGAGCACCGGGAGCAGGAAAAGAACUUCUUUCUGUUCUGGGAUCUCGACAACCGCAUGUACGUGCACCACGAUAUCACGCCCAACCGGACGUUCGGCGUGCUGCAGAUGGACGGCACCAUCGGCGAGGACCUGGCGCCCAAGACCGCCGAGGCCGACAACUUGUGCAUGGACCGCUACAUGCCGGUGACGAGCAGCGACAACGAGUUCGUCCGCCAGGCCAGCAACUCGCUGUCCAUCACGCUGUGCAAGCGCGAAGACCCCGGCUGCAAACCCGGCCCCGACAACACCUUCGUCAUGCACAUCGUCCACUUCAAGUACGACUACGGUGGACACCCGAUCUACGAGCCCUACGUCGUGCUUUUCCAGCAACAAGCCCCCUUUGCCCUGCACUCGAUCGCCAAGAAGCCGCUCUGGAUCCACGGCCGCGACGCCUUCACCGUCUACAGCGGCGCCCUGGGUUGGGACAACAAAAUCUACCCGUGGCGCCACUCGGAGAGCUUCUACGUCUCGAGCAUCAGCUGGAAGACCCACGGCCAGAAAUACCACGGAUACCUUGACGACGAGCUGUUUAUCAACUUGGGCGUCGAGAACACGAGACCCUCGACCAUCGACGUCGUCGCCGAGGAUGUUCUACGAGACCUGGGAUCUUGUGCCGAUAUCGCCCCAGCAACUCAGACUGAGAUUUGA